AUGUCUGGAGAACCUGAAGUAACUCGCACUCCUGAGGAGGAGGAAGAAGAAGAAAUCAAGUCCUCAUACAAACCUCCGCCAGAAAAGACGAUUGAUGAGAUCUUGGCUGCUGACCAAGAGGAUGAGUCCUUAAGGAAGUACAAGGAGGCUCUCCUUGGAGAAGCUCAAGCUGGUGCUGUUAUUGUUGAUCCAAAUGAUCCUCGCAGAGUGAUCGUCAAGAAACUGGCGCUGUGCGUCACCGGACGAGAUGACGUCGAGCUGGAUCUCUCAGGAGACUUAACAGACCUUAAAAAACAGGUACGUCCUGAUAUGAUCAUGGUUGUGGACAAAAUGACCCACAUGGUUGGCUCGUACCCGCCAAAAACUGAGAUCCAGUCGUACACAACUCCCCCAGAAGACGCGCCCUCUGGGAUGGUCGCAAGAGGUUCGUACUCCGUCAAUAGCCUCUUCACUGAUGACGACAAAAACGUUCACUUGCAGUGGGAAUGGUGCUUUGACAUCAAAAAGGAUUGGAAGGAUUAA